CAGCUUGCAUACGAAACCCCUGAGGAUAAUUAACCUUUGACGACAUUUUCUAGUCAACACGUUAAUGCUUGUACAUAGAUUUCACAGUUAAUUUUCUUGGAUCUGGUCUGAAUCAAACACCCAUUUUGAAGACUUCACAUAGAGAGCCAUUGGUUUUGCAUUAACAUUUGGAAUUUUGGGGCCUUUUCUGUGGAAAAUAAAGAAGGAAGCUUUGAUUUGAAUGGCUCUGUUUGAGCUGCUUUUGAGCUUUUCAUGAUUAAUUUCUUGGUGAGCCUCUAUUGGGUGCGAUUUUGAUGCUAUAUUUUGGCGGUUUUGGGGAAUAAAGAGUUCUGAGUUUUGUUUUGUUCUUUGAGUUUGAUUCCGAAUUUCAGAUUUUGCUGGGAAAUUCUUGGUGGGUAUCUCAGGAUUUGGAUUUACAUGUUGCCAUGUUGGUGAUUGGGAUAUUAUAGGAGGUUUCUUGGAAAAAUCGAAUUGGGUCGGUGGCAUAUGGUGAAAAAUCGAAGGUUUUGGAUAAGAAGCUCUUUUAGGGUUUUGCUUGUAAGAGGUUUUUAGGCAUUGAUGAAAUGAGAAGGAUAGUAUGCGUUUGUUUGGAAUGACAAUUCAACAGCGAAUGGGUUUCAUAAAGACAGGUUCUUUCAUUGUUUUGGUAAUCUUGCUUUGCACCUUGGCAGCAGUAAGUUCAGAAGAGAGGAACAAUGGUGAAGAAGUGUUUCUCAGGCAAUUAGUUGAGCCGGCGUCUGGGGAGAUAGAUGAAGACAUGGCAGAGCUAUUAUGGAUCAGUUGCAGGCAAGAUUUGAUCCAUUUGAAGGAAGCUGUUGAGGAUCUUGACUUAUACUUACUGGUGGAAACAUCAAGUAUUGCCAAUGAAGUCAAUUCAAAUUUCCGGUCAUUAGCAAAGGAAAACAUUCAGAAAAUAAUUAGUGUCCUGCAUCCCCAGUUGAAAAAAACCCUUGUAGAUUGUUUAAGAAAGAAUAAUAUUCUGUCUCAUAUCUCUGGAGAAGAAGGUGGCUCCAAGAUUUGGUAUGCCAAGUAUUCUGACUCCCUAUAUCCCAGGCCUGGUGCUCCUAGAAGGCAUUUGGUUGCAGAAACACCAACCCCAGCCCCUGCAUUUGGACCACUUAUUUCCAGUCCACCAUCAUCUCCUGAUCCAGCACCAUCUCCUGCCACAGUACCUUCCAGUCCUCCAGAGUUUAAUCCUCAGCACCCUGUUAUGUCUCCACAAGAGCCCUUUUUUCUGCCAUUGCAACCUGCAGCUAAUGAAGCUGCUUCUGCAAGUCCUGAUACUAAUUCACAUGUUAAGGAAAAUAAGAAAAGCAAUAGCCAUAAAUCUGUUGUUAUUGCCGUUGCUGUAACUGCAUCAGUGACAUUUGUAGUUGUAGCACUGCUCUUUUUAUGCUGCAGUAAGGUUUGUAGGAAGGGCUCUGGGCUUAGACGAAAUGAUGAGAGGCCCCUUCUUGGCAUGAGCUUCAGCGAAUUCUCUGUUGGUUCUUCACAAAAGCCUUUUGCUUCUGGAAAUUCAAUAAAAGAAGAGAAGCUUGGGCACUACACAUCUGGUAAUAACUCAAGUCAGCACAAAAAGGGCUCAUCUUUGGAUGGAAAUUUCCACAUUGAGUCUGUUAUUCCACACAGUUCAUUGCAUGAAACCUCAUCAGUAGGAGCUGCUGGUGGUGUUGCCAAAUUCUCACCUGAAUCAGUUGAUCCAUCAAGCAAUGUGAAUGGACAUAUACCGCCUCUUCCUCUAAAGCCUCCACCUGGAAGGUUGCGGAGCACCACUUCUGUACUGCUUCCUCUGAAGCCUCCUCCUGGCAGGGCAGAUCCUCUUCCUCCUGAACCACCUUCUUCCUUUAGGCCUCCUCCCCGCAAGGCUGGUCCUCCUCCACCUCCUGUGCCACCUCCCUCCCUGAAACCUUCAUCUAGUGGUGCAGGCCCUCGCCCUCCUGGACCACCACCACCACCACCACCUGUACCUCCAGGCGCCAAAACCGGUUCUCGCCCGCCACCACCUCCAAAGAGUGGUGUUCCUCCCCCUCGGCCACCUCAACCUACUGCCUUAAGCUCAAAGGUGCCUCGGCCACCUCUGGGAUCAAAACAUUCAUCAAAUGCUACAUCUAGUGAGGAAGCUGGUUUGGAGGGUGAAGCUGAUGCUCCUAAAGCGAAGCUGAAGCCAUUUUUCUGGGAUAAGGUUCUAGCUAGCCCUGAUCAAUCAAUGGUUUGGCAUCAGAUUAAAUCAGGAUCAUUCCAGUUCAAUGAGGAGAUGAUUGAAACGCUGUUUGGUUAUAAUACUGUUGAUAAAAACAAAAAUGAACACAAGAAGGAGUCUUCUUCACAAGAUCCUUCACCGCAGUAUGUUCAGAUCAUUGAUUCAAAAAAAGCGCAAAAUCUAUCAAUUCUUCUUCGGGCAUUGAACGUGUCAACAGAAGAAAUUUGUGAUGCACUAAAUGAAGUUGAAGCAGGAAAUGAACUUCCAUCCGAACUUCUUCAAACUUUGUUGAAGAUGGCACCAACCGCAGAAGAAGAACUGAAGCUUAGGCUUUUCAGUGGUGAACUUGCUCAACUUGGACCUGCUGAGCGCUUCCUAAAAGCCUUGGUCAAUAUCCCAUUCGCUUUUAAACGAUUGGAAGCAUUGCUUUUCAUGUGUACCCUUCCGGAGGAUGCUACCAUCGUUAAAGAGUCCUUUGCAACCUUAGAGGUUGCUUGUAAGGAACUCAGAAACAGCCGGCUGUUCCUCAAACUUCUAGAAGCUGUUCUUAAAACUGGAAAUCGCAUGAACGAUGGAACUUUCCGUGGUGGUGCACAAGCAUUCAAACUUGACACACUUUUGAAGUUGUCAGAUGUAAAAGGAAAAGAUGGCAAGACCACACUCUUGAAUUUUGUUGUUCAAGAGAUAAUCCGCUCUGAAGGUGUGAGAGCUGCCCGUGCAGCUAAAGAAAGCCGGAGUUCCUCCAGCAUCAAAUCAGAUGAUCUGCUCGAGGAAACUUCCCAUGACACAGAAGAGCACUACCGCAGCCUAGGUCUUCAGGUGGUUUCCGGUUUGGGCAAUGAACUUGAGAAUGUCAAGAAAGCAGCAAAUAUUGAUACGGACAGCUUAACAGGAACUGUUGCAAAACUUGGCCAUCAGCUGAUUGAAGCCCGCGACUUCCUGAACUCAGACAUGAAGAGUAUAGGGGAAGAUGGUGGAUUCCACCAAACACUGAAAAGUUUUGUGGAGAAUGCUGAGAUUGAUGUCACGUAUCUCCUGGAGGAAGAAAAGAAAAUCAUGGCUUUGGUGAAGAGCACUGGUGAUUACUUUCAUGGGAAAGCAGGGAAGGACGAGGGUUUACGCUUGUUUGUCAUAGUAAGGGAUUUCUUGAUAAUGUUGGAUAAGGCAUGUAAACAGGUGAGAGACACACCAAAGAGGCCAGCAAAGACACAGAUAAAAGAGGCUCCUACAGUGGCGGCUUCAUCUGAUACCCGCCAGUCUCCUGAUCUCUAUCAGCGGCUUUUUCCAGCAAUUACAGAUCGACGGAUAGAUAAUUCUAGUUCAGAUGAUGAGAGUCCAUAAGAUAUCUUUUUUUGAUAGAUAUAAGAGGUGGCUCUUAUUGGCAGUUCUAAACUUCCACAGAUAUGUCCUCUUGAUCCUAUUAUAGGUGCAUGUAGGGCUGAUAACAACAUCCUAGAAAGGAUCAGAGUAGAGGUGCUGUCUGGCGCAUGGCCUUUGCAAUUUGCAAGGAGAAGUUUCACUGUAACAGACGCCAGACUGAAUACAAACAUCAGUGGUACAGUUACCUUCAUGUCAUUGGAGGAGCCAUCGGGAAUAGAUUCAUGGCUCACCAUUGUUUUGCCUUAAAGCAGCCCCCCUUUGUGCAUUAAUGGUAGUUAGAGUAAAUGUUUUCUUCUACAUUAUUUGUUUAAUUUAUAGUUAUUUGUUUUGUUGAUAAUUUUGAUGAGUUCUUAUACAUUAUUUUUUAAUUAUUUAAUAUUUAGAGUUGCU